UUCUCCACGGAGGCCUGGGAGGCGGCUGGGUAGGAGGGAGGAACGGUAGGGUCCCUGAAACCAAGACCCCUUUCCCCAACCCGAGUGCCUCUCCUUCCCUUUCCUCUUCCUUCCACUAGGGAAAGGGGAACGUGGAAGGAAAUUAACUUUGACCCCUGGAUUCUGGCUCUGGGCCCAAAACUUGGGUGGAUGGCAGAGGUUUCCAGGACCCUCCCCCCGCCCCGCUCCCCCUCCCCUCCGCCUUCCUCGCCCCGUUAAGCUGCCCAGCAGACUGAGAAGGAGUUCAUCCUGGAGGGGCUGGCGGAGUGGUGAACGGGGAAGACUGGGGGCGGCGGGAAGGGCAGCGGGAGCCCGACCGGUCCCACCCCCAGCUGCAACCCCUGGCAGGAAGAGAUCGUCCCGGGAGCCGCCGCCGAAAGGGACGGAGCUCCGGAGGGCGGGCGCCCGAGCGGUGGCGGGGGCGGGCGGGGGCAGCCAUGCUCCUGUCCGGGGGCGACCCUCCAGCGCAGGAAUGGGUCAUGGUGCAGACCAAAUCGAAGCCCCGGGUGCAGCGGCAGAGGCUGCAAGUGCAGCGCAUCUUCAGGGUCAAACUGAACGCCUUCCAGAGCCGCCCGGACACCCCCUACUUCUGGCUGCAGCUCGAGGGGCCCAGGGAGAACCUGGGCAAAGCCAAGGAGUAUCUGAAGGGCCUGUGCAGCCCGGAGCUAUGGAAGGAGGUCCGCUACCCACCUGCCCUGCACUGUGCCUUCCUUGGGGCCCAGGGCCUCUUCCUCGACUGCCUCUGCUGGAGCACUCUGGCCUACCUGGUGCCUGGCCCCCCUGGCUCCCUGAUGGUGGGUGGGCUGACUGAGUCUUUCAUCAUGACCCAGAACUGGCUGGAGGAGCUGGUGGGACGGCUGCGCUGGGGCCCUGCCCCUCUGCUCACCCCCCGGGGGAUCUGGGAGGCUGAGGUGACCCGGGCCUUUGGGGCUUUGGUCUGGAUCCGUGGUGAUCAGUAUGCAGGAGACCUGCUGCAGCUGCCCCCAGCGGUCCAGGAGCUGCUGCUGAGCUUGGUGCGGGACGCUGCUGGCAAGGAGGACAUCAUUGAGUGGCUCAGCCGCAUCGGCACCUCCAACGCCCGCUCUGAUCCGGAGGUCAUGAUCUGCCCACCUCACCAGCGGAAGGAAGGCCCUGCCAUGAUGUCCGUGGGAGAUGGUUCUGGUCCCUUCCUGGAGAUGAAGACCCUCCAGAAUGGGAGCACAGAAAAUUCAAAGAAAUUAACCAGCCUGGGAGCCACCCCAGGUCAGAAUGCACAGCAGGAGACAGCAAACCAACUGGUACGGGUCGGUUCCAACAACCAAGGUGGUAUGGACAGUGCUCGCAAGGAAGGGCCAGUGCCAGGAGCCAGCAACCAGGACUCUGUGAACCACUCACAAACCCUAUCACAGCAGAGGCAGGUCCAGAGGAUGGAAGACAAACUCCCCUUCCCGCCUCCAGUGUCAGCCCUGGGCGUGUGCCCCCCCUGGAAGGCCUGGGCCCCGGGGCCAGCCUUUGGGCCCUUGUGGCCGGGGGCUAUUGCUGCAACCUUCUGGAGGAUCAAUGAACUGCAUUCCCUCCACCUGGCCUGGCUGCUGUCCCAGGCGUGCUUCAGUUUCCCCUUCUGGCAGAGGCCGCUGGGCCCCAUUCAGUUCAAACUGCCAGGGCAGAGUCCUUUGCCCUUAAACCUCGAGUGGAAGCAGAAGGAGCUGGUUCCUUUGCCUAGUGUGGAAAGCCCAGAUUGUAGACCAGAUGGAGGGCCGGGAGGAGAGGCAACCCUACAGAAUUGCCCAAGGCCAGAGACCCCCAAAAAAGUCAUGAGUUUAUUGGUGGUCUCAGGGGGCUCGGGUAUAAAGGACAAGGCUAGCCCAGAACUUCCACAGAUAGGGCCACCUUUGACCUCUACACACCAACUCCAAGCUGGAAGUGAGCUGGGUGAUCACGGAAAUGUGCAGUGGGAUUGUAAGGGGCCAGAAGAGAGGCCCUUUCCAGCACUGUCCACAGGUCAAGGGGUGCGUACAGCUCAAGGGACGCCUGUGGCUCAACGGGGGCUAACGGCCCAGUCAAUACCUGAUGCUCAAACAGUGCCUGAAACUCUUGAAGUGCCCAUGGCUUCAGCAGUGCCCACAACUCAAACCUCACCCACAAACCAAGUGCUGUCUGCAGCCCCCAAAGUGCCUACAACUCAAAUGAUGCCAGCAGUCCACACAGAACCUGCAGCUCCCAAAGUGCCUUUGGCUCCAACAAAGCCUGCAGCUCAAGUGGUGCCCACAGCUCAAAAGGCAGCCGUGGGUCAACUGGCAUCGGCAGCUCACACGGUGCCUGCAACUCAGAAAAUUCCCACAGCUCAGAAAAUGCCUGCAGCUAAAACAUCACCUGCAGGCCCCAAAACUCCCAAAGGUCAAACUGGGCCUGCAACUAAAACAGGGUCCGCAGCUCCCAAAGCACCUGCAGCCCCCAAAGCCUCCAGAGCUCCAAAAACGCCUGCAGCUCAGAAGGCGCCCACAGAUCCAGCCCCAGCCUUGGAUGCAGCCAAACUCCUGAGUGAGGUUCAACCUCUGUCAAGGGGCAGUGCCUCCUCCCUGAAGGGCCAGGGAGAGGCCAGGAGGCAGGGUCCCCAGUUCAGCAGCACCUUGGCUCCUAGUAGUAAGCACCAACCUCAGGUGAGCGGACUCCUAGGGGCUUGGGAGGGGGCCCCGAGGCAGCCACCUCGACAACCACAGGCGAACAACACAGUGACCAGCUUCCAGAGGUACCAUGAGGCCCUCAAUACACCCUUUGAGCUGAACCUGUCAGGAGAACCAGGGAACCAGGGGCUGCGGCGAGUGGUCAUUGACGGCAGCAGCGUGGCCAUGGUGCAUGGCCUCCAGCACUUCUUCUCUUGUCGUGGCAUUGCUAUGGCCGUGCAGUAUUUCUGGAACCGGGGACACCGAGAGGUCACUGUGUUUGUACCCACCUGGCAGCUGAAGAAGAACCGGAGGGUGAGAGAGAGUCACUUCCUGACGAAGCUACACUCCCUCAAGAUGCUUUCAAUCACCCCCUCCCAGCUUGAGAAUGGCAAGAAGAUCACCACCUAUGAUUACAGGUUCAUGGUAAAGCUGGCGGAGGAGACAGAUGGCAUCAUCGUCACCAAUGAGCAGCUCCACAUCCUGAUGAAUAAUUCCAAGAAACUGAUGGUCAAAGAUCGCCUGCUGCCCUUCACCUUUGCGGGGAAUCUCUUCAUGGUGCCUGACGACCCCCUGGGCCGCGAUGGCCCCACUCUGGAUGAGUUUCUGAGGAAGCCAAAUAGGUUGGACACUGACAUUGGCAACUUCCUGAAGGUGUGGAAGACGCUUCCUCCCAGCUCAGCCAGCAUCUCUGAACUGAAUGAUGCCACUGACCCAGGGCCCUUGGAGAGGCCUCAGAAAGUAGAAGUCAGGGAGGAGAAGAAGGAGAGGCAUGAUGAAGAGCCAAUGGAGAGGCAGGACGAGGAGCAGAGGGAGGGGCAAGGCACACAGAGGCCAGCCGAGGAAGAGGACCUGGACUCCUCGCUGGUGUCGGUGUUUAGGGCUGAGUGCCCUUCCCUUUCCGAGGAAAUUCUCCGGUGCCUCAGCCUCCAGGACCCCCCUGAUGGGGCCCUAGACAUUGACCUCGUACCGGCCGUGGCUUCUCCCUCCCUGGGCAUCCCCUGGGAUGGGAAGGCUCCCUGCCAGCAGGUUCUUACUCACCUGGCCCAGAUGACCAUCCCCAGCAACUUCACUGCGCUCUCCUUCUUCGUGGGGUUCAUGGACUCCCACCGGGAUGUCAUUCCCGACUAUGAAGCCCUCGUGGGCCCCUUGCAUAGCCUCCUCAAGCAGAAGCCAGACUGGCAGUGGGACCAGGAGCACGAGAAGGCCUUCUUGUCCCUGAAGCGAGCCCUGGUGUCUGCCCUCUGCCUGACGGCCCCCAACUCCCAGCUGCCCUUCCGUAUGGAGGUGAUGGUGAGCCAAGUGGCCUUGACGGCCAUUGUCUACCAGGAGCACUCAGGGAGGAAGCACACCAUCGCUUAUACCUCGAAACCCCUCCUCCCCGAUGAGGAGAGCGAGGGCCCCCAGUCAGGGGGAGACAGCCCCUAUGCUGUGGCCUGGGCCCUCAAGCAUUUUGCCCGCUGCAUUGGAGACACCCCAGUGGUCCUGGACCUUUCCUACGCUGCCCGGACCACUGUGGACCCUGAGGCACGGGAGGGCCGCAGGGUUUCCAAAGCAUGGUUGAUCCGAUGGUCCCUCUUAGUACAGGAUAGAGGCAAGAGGGCCCUGGAGUUGACCCUUCUCCAGGGUUUGCUGGGGGAAAACCGACUGCUGACGCCCGCAUCCUCCAUGCCUCGUUUCUUCCAGGUUCUGCCUCCUUUUUCCGACCUGUCUACUUUUGUCUGUAUCCACAUGUCGGGCUAUUGCUUUUACCGUGAGGAUGAGUGGUGUGCUGGCUUUGGUCUCUAUGUCCUGUCUCCCACCAGUCCCCCUGUGUCCCUUUCCUUCUCUUGCUCGCCUUACACACCAACCUAUGCCCACCUGGCUGCCGUGGCCUGUGGCCUGGAGCGCUUCGGCCAGUCCCACCUCCCAGUGGUUUUCCUUACGCACUGCAACUGGGUCUUCAGCCUCCUCUGGGAGCUCCUGCCCCUGUGGAAGGCUCGGGGCUUCCUGUCCUCCGAUGGGACCCCGCUACCUCACCCGAGCCUGCUCUCCUACAUCAUAUCCCUUACCUCCGGCCUCUCAUCCCUUCCAUUUAUCUACCGAACCUCCUACCGUGGCUCCCUGUUUGCUGUGACGGUGGACACCCUGGCCAAGCAGGGUGCACAGGGGGGCGGGCAGUGGUGGAAUUUGCCAACGGAUGUGCCAGUCCCUGUAGUGUCUCCCCAUAACAUGGGCAAGAGGCCCGACUUGCUGGCAUUGCAGCUGAGCGACAGCACCCUGGCGGAUAUCAUUGCCAAGCUGCAGGCCGGGCAGAAACUGUCAGGCUCCUCACCCUUCAGUUCUGUUUUUAACUCACUCAGCCUGGACAAGGAUAGCGGCCUGCUUCUGUUUAAGGGGGAGAAGAAGCCCAAGGUCUGGGUAGUCCCCAGGCAACUCCGGAGGGAUCUGAUUUUCUCUGUGCAUGAUCUCCCUGUGGGGGCUCACCAGAGGCCCGAGGAAACCUAUAAGAAGUUGCGGUUGCUGGGGUGGUGGCCUGGGAUGCAGGAACAUGUCAGAGAUUACUGUAGGAGCUGCUUAUUCUGCAUCCCCCGAAAUCUCCUAGGCAGUGAGUUGAAGGUUAUUGAAUCCCUGUGGCCCCUCAGGUCGACUGCCCCCUGGUCGAACCUGCAGAUCGAGGUGGUGGGCCCAGUCACCAUAAGUGAGGAGGGCCACAAGCAUGUGUUGAUUGUGGCUGACCCCAAUACCAGGUGGGUAGAGGCGUUCCCGCUGAAGCCCUACACGCACACGGCUGUGGCCCAGGUGCUACUUCAGCAUGUGUUUGCAAGGUGGGGUGUUCCCGUGAGGCUGGAGGCCGCCCAGGGCCCCCAGUUUGCCCGGCAUGUCCUGGUGAGCUGUGGGCUGGCCCUAGGAGCCCAGACGGCCUCCUUGAGUAGGGACCUCCAGUUUCCCUGCCUGACAAGCUCAGGGGCCUACUGGGAAUUCAAGAGGGCCCUCAAGGAGUUCAUUUUCCUGCACGGUAAGAGGUGGGCUGCUUCCCUGCCCUUGCUGCACCUGGCCUUCAGGGCCUCCUCCACCCAGGCCACACCGUUCCAGAUCCUGACAGGGGGUGAGGUAAGGCUGAGUGAGCCCCUGUGGUGGGAGAUGAGCAGCGCAAAUAUCGAAGGGCUCAAGAUGGAUGUCUUCCUGCUGCAGCUGAUGCGGGAGCUGCUGGAGCUCCACUGGAGGGUGGCUGACAAGGUCAGUGAAAAGGCAGAGAACAGGCGUUUCAAGCGGGAGAGCCAGGAGAAGGAGUGGAAUGUGGGUGACCAGGUCCUCUUGCUGUCCCUCCCCAGGAAUGGCAGCAGUGCCAAAUGGGUGGGCCCCUUCUACAUUGGGGACCGGCUGAGCCUGUCUCUCUACAGGGUCUGGGGCUUCCCAACCCCAGAGAAGCUCGGGUGCAUCUACCCUAGCAGUCUGAUGAAGUCCUUUGCCAAGAGUGGCACCCCCCUGUCCUUCAAGGUCUUAGAGCAGUGAGCUGGAGCAGUGGGUGAGCCCCUGCCCCUGAGGUCCUGGGCUGCUGCUGCUAGGCCUCUCACAGCCCCUGGGGGCCUCCGUUGUGCCUUUUGUAGAGAAGUUACUUCAUAAAGCUUUGCUGAAUUGCCUUGAACUGGGGACCAGCAUCCCUAGGGAAACGUCCCCAAUUUGGGGGUAUUGGAAGAAUCUGCCAAAGGCUGUCAGGUAUGGGCCUCUGGCAGUUUCACCUGGGGAGUGCCAAGCCCCCUUACUGAGUUAGGCCGGGCUCAAUGUCUUUCCCCCAGUAGCCCCUUCAUCCUGUCACACACGUGCAGGCGUAUACACACAGACAUGUACACACACACCCAGAAUCUGACUCCUGGCUACCUAACCAUGAAACAGUGUGGCUUGGGACCUCAGAACCAGAACCACACUCCCCUCAAACAGAAACCUCAGAUGUAGACUCCUCUCCCCGGACCUGUUCAUUUGGGGACCCUUUCCCCUGGAAGCUGACAGAGCUGAUGCAAAUCUGUGGAGUGGCAGUCUGUUCCCAGUGUCAUGGCCAGCUUUUAUAGGCCAGGCUAGGCCUGCCCAGCUGUCAAGGAAGAGCUGGCAGCCCUGGGCCCUGAGGCUCAGAGCUGGGGUUGAAGGAUGGCCAACCACAAAUGAGCAUCCCGCUUGUCAACAAGGAAAAGCAAGGGGGAGACUGAGUCAGCCUACCUCAUUUGACUCCAGCCAAUGGAGACAACCCUGACCCCUGCUGCGAUGGUACAAACCCCACAGGAAUCAAGGAUCUUGAUGCCAAGUGUGGCAUUUCUACCUGAAGAGCUGCUUCAACUAGACCAAGGGGCCCAGGCCUCUAUUUCAAGUGGGGAGGGUGUCUGAAAUGAGCAGUCUGGCACACGGUGAGGUGUUGGCAUGGCUCUACCUCCCUACACCACCCCAAAGCCCACAGCCUUCUCCUCCCACCUCCAUGGCACCCUGCAUUCCCCAGUUCCUACAUAGUGAGUGACUGCUGUGGUUGGAUCACCUCCCAUCCCCUGGACCUGCCUUUUGUGUAGAGCAAAACCUGGGCUCCCUCAAAGCACUCUGCAAUGAUCACUCUUGCAGCAAGAGUGAGUUCUCAGGUGUGUGCGCUUAUACUCAACCUCACCCUCUGCAUUGCUGCUGCCACAGACAGAAUGAACUCCAGUGAAGGCCAGCACCCUAUCCCUCUGCCUGGGCCUAUGAGUAGUUUUAUCUCUCUAAAGCUGAGCCAGUCUCCUGGCCUAGCUCAGGUUGCCAACAUACUUGGCAUUGCUAGAGUCAAGAGUAGAACCUGCCAUAGAGUUGAAUUUGCUUGUUUUACAACCAAGGAAAGGCCCAGAGGGGAAAUGACUUGCCCAAAGUCACAGCUAGUUCGUGGCUGAGCUGGGACCAAGAUUAAGUUUCUUGACUCCGUUCGCCACAGACAGGGUUCUGGGGACAGGUUCAAAGGAGAGAAUCCCUCAAAAUCCUGUACCCAUAUUCCCUCCAACUCCCCAUCUCCCAUCUCUUGUAGGCAAACUACUAGAUGUUGCCCUUAAACUAUUCCCAGCUGUUAGUUCUGUCCAGGAAAGAAUGAUUGGGUGACAUGAGAAACUGAAAGCUGAGCUGUGGGAUUUAUAGUGGAUACCUUCUCUCCUCUCCCUACUUCCCUCCCCACCUCUCUUCCUCCUCCUCCCUCUAACGGUAUGGCCAACCUCAUUCUCCCUCCCAGUGCUAUACCUAUCCCCCCUGUUAACCACAUUUAUGAUCUUUUACCCUUUUACAUGACUUUUAUUUUUCAUUUGAUGUAUCAAUAAACAGAUCAAAAUGGA